AUGGUCUUGGGCGGGACCGAGAGGGGGUAUUUCACUGCUCAAUCGAAAGAUUUCGAGAAUAAUUUAAUCGUUUAUUUGAAAGGAGAGAUUGGAUGCUCUCCGAUUGCCUCGAUUUUCAAAGAUGUCGGUCCAUAUCGACUCGUUGACAAUGGAAUCACGGAGAAUUAUUAUGCCUGGAAUAAGAUCGGAAACUUGCUAUUUCUGGAGCUGCCAACUGGUGGAGGUUUCUCGCAAAAUGCGACAGCUUCCAACAAUGAUGAGGCAGCCUCACAAAUCUUCUCAGCUCUGAAACUUUUCCUUAAAAAUCUUUAUUUGAUUUCCGGGGAUUAUUCAGCAGAAAUCGUGGCGCUAAUGAGUAGAAAUGUGCUCGAUUUGAUUGAUCAACAAAAGCUUUGGUAUCAAGAGUUCCCUUUAAAGGGUUUGAUUUUCAACGGUGUUUGGAAUGAGAAUUAUCAAUUCGAUAGUCUCACCGAGUUCGCCUAUGUCAAAGGAUACACACCACAAAAAGAUUAUGAGGGAAUGAAUGCCGCUUGUCCAUCAUGCGCAAAAGUUCGAUCUUACGAUUGUCCUUACCAUGAUCCCGCUAAUCAAGUUUGUCAACAAAUAGCGGGAAAGCUGAAUCAAAAAUUCUUCAAUCCAGGAUUGGAUAAAUAUAAUAUCUAUGAUGAUUGUUAUUAUGUGCGAACGAAUGGACUUGUUGUGUACCCAGAGAAUGUGAAUGUUUUUAUCUCAUCCGAUCAACUUAAUGGUUUGGGUUGCCAAAUUGAUGAACAAAUCCAUGCAUAUCUUGCUAAACCCAUUGUGACUUUAGCUCUACAAAUCAACAACUCAAGUCAAAAGUUCAACGUUUGCCAGAACAAUACGAGUUUCUUAAAGGAUUACAACUUUAAAAACAAUUUACCGUAUAUUUUGACGCAUCCAGUUUAUGUAAAGAAUGGAAUUCAGACUCUUAUAUUGAAUGGAGACACGGAUUUUGUUUACAAUCAUAUUGGGGUUGAGCGUUUUGUGGCGGAGAUCGCAAAUGGAAACAAUAUUAAUAUGACUCUCGAUACAGAACUCUGGUGGUUCAACUUUGACUCUUCACUUUACUUACCAACAGUUGGUGGAUACGUCACUCAAUACAAUAGCCUUGUCUAUUCAACGAUAAAGGGUGCUGGCCACUGGAUUGGUUUGAAUCGUCCAAUGCAAUCCCUUCAAAUCGUCAAUAACUUUAUGAAAGGAGAAAAUUACAGCAUCGAUUUGUCAAAGAUUGAUCUCAAACCGGCAUUGAAUCAAAAGGAAUCAUUGAAGAAGAAUCAAAAGGAUGAAAAGAAGAAAGAUGAUAGAAAAAGAGAUAGUAAGGAAGGAGAACCGGUGACAAGAAAGGAUCAAGAUCGGAUUGAAAACCUUCCCGGCAUUAAACUCUCCAGCCAUUUCUCUCAAUUUAGUGGCUAUUUGAACGGUUUGGGAAGUCACAAGAUGCAUUAUUGGUUCAUCGAAGCCAUGGUAAACUCAAGCACAGCACCACUCGUUUUGUGGUUAAAUGGCGGUCCUGGAGACUCAUCUUUGUAUGGAAUGUUCUAUGAGAAUGGGCCCUUUUUGUUGAAUGGUGAUGGAACGCUUAGAGAGAAUCCAUUUUCUUGGAAUCAAUUUGUCAACAUUUUAUAUCUUGAGUCACCUGUUGGCGUUGGUUUCUCAUAUACAGAAGAUCCUACAGAAAAUGUGACUUGGAGUGAUACGAAUUCAAUGGAAGAAAACUACAGUGCUUUGUUGGAUUUUCUCAAUGUUUUCUCGGAAUACAAGAAUCAAGAUCUUUAUCUAAUUGGUGAGAGUCAUGGAGGGAUUUUUGUCUCAAUGUUAGCCUCAAAAGUAAUCAAUGCGGUGAAAAGUGGAGAAAUGAGCGUAAACUUUAAGGGAUUCGCUACAGCAAAUGGAGUCAUCGACUAUCGACAGAAUUUGAAUAGUAUGAUUCAUGUAUUGUACUAUCAUGGAUUAAUGCCAAAUAGUGUUUACAUGACUCUUCUCGAUCUCUGUUGUCCACCAGACUCAAACGAAUUCAAAUGUCAAUUCUCGGAUCACGUCGAUUUCCCGACGUUUCCCAAUCCAAAAUACCCGAAUGACACUUGUUUUGAAUUGCUUGUGGAAAAUGUUUGGAAAUAUUACGAGAAUACUCCGAAUAAUGGAUACAAUAUCUAUCAAGAUUGCUAUCGAAAAAGUGUCAACGAGUCGACGAAUAUGAUUCCGGUCGAAAAUGCGGAAAACGAAUUUGAAUCAUACUGGUGUCACAUGGAACAAUCACUGAGAAGUUAUUUGAGACGAGACGAUGUGCGCCAAGCACUCCAUAUCCCUUCAAAUGUUCAAGUGUGGCAAGAAAAGAGUAUCAUAAACGAUUAUCAAAGACAAACCUUUACGACAAGUCCUUAUUUUGAGAUAGGCAUCGAUGCUGGGAUUAAGAUGUUGAUCUACAACGGUGACACAGAUCUUCACUGUAAUCAUUUGGGAUCGGAAUGGUUUGCGAGUGAAUUAGCGAUUGGAAAAGGAUUGCAAAUAAAAGAAGAAAGAACUGAAUGGUACUAUCAAAUGGAUGAAUUUUACUUGAAAAGAGUAGCCGGAUAUGUGACAAAGUAUCAAGGAAAUGGUCACGAUCAAGGUCUCGAUGUGGUCACGAUAAAGGGUGGUGGCCACUUAUCUGGCACUGAUCGACCAGCUCAACUCUUUCAAUUGAUCUACAAUUUUAUUAAUGGAAGCGACUACAGUAUCCCAGUGCACAUCGAUCCUCCAACUAAUCCCACGAGUCCAUCAAAGCCAUCAAAGAGUUCUAGUCUAAAGAAAUUUUGGUUUAUUUUUUGUGUGAUUCUUUUGAGUUAUCACUGGAUUAUUGGGGAA